AUGGAUCCAUAUGCGAGUGACAAUGAAGAUCAUGAUCUUCAUUCUUUAUCUGAACGUGUUUUACCUUUAACAUCUGCAUCUUUUACGAAUAAUAAUAUAUCUCCCAGAAAUAAUAGCAAUAAUCCUAAUCGUAUUCGUUCACUAAAACCACAAAAAAGUAUUUCAUUCGAUAAUCAAACUUAUCGUGAAGAAAUGUCCUUUCCAACAACAGCAAGCACAGGUGAUAUUAUACAGUUAAGCGAUGGUACGAGAAAAAAAUACAACGGCUCAUCAUGGCGUCGAAUGUGUUCCAAACCAAAUUGUACUUAUUAUACACAGAGUCAAGGCUUAUGCAAACCACAUUUAGCGGCAUCGAAGAAGCGCAAACUAUCCAAGAGUGACAAUGAUUUACCCGUGAUCGAGUCAGCGUUUCCGACUCAAAAAGAGCCUAAGAAAGGUGAUAUUAUUGUUUUACCGAAUGGUGUUCGGAAAAAAUAUGACGGACGACAAUAUAGACGUGUUUGUGCUAAACCUUCAUGUACUGUCGUUGUACAUGGUAGUCUAGAAUAUCAAAAUGGUUUAUGCCCUCAUCAUUAUAAUGAAUAUCGUUUCAAUACCAUUAGUCAAACAAUACCUCAAACUGAACAAGCAUUAUUCGGCCAAAGCUCGACUCCACCGAAGCAGUCUGUGAUGUCUUCUUCUUCACCAUCAUCAUCAUCAUCACGCAAACGUCAUCGCCCGAAUUCUCCAUUAUCCGGUAAUUUAUCACAAGUUCCAAUAUAUGAUAAUCACAGUAAAAGCUCGGUACCCAAACCGAAUCGUCGUCUAUCGAUUGCUGUUAUUCCACCAUCCGUCGACAUUGAACAUCCGAACAAAGGUGAUAUUAUUGAAAUGGAAAAUGGAUCGAGAAAGAAGUUCGAUGGUGUUGUCUGGCGAACGAUUUGUUCAAUUCCAGGUUGUUUAAUUGCUGCACAACGAAACGAGCUAUGUCGGAAACAUUUCAUUAAACUUAAUGGCAAACCGAAUACAGCACCGACUAUGGCCACGAACAUGAAUACUUCCGGCGCAAGGCUCACAUCCAGAGUUGAUAGCAGUUCGUCCCUGGAUGACAGAUCAGAAGUACUUCACAGUGUCAAGUUUUCGAAGGAUCUUGUCACUGGUGUCAAAGAUGAAUCGAUGGAUUACGAUGGUAGCCAGUACGAAGAACCCAAUACAGAUAAUAUAUCUAACAGUUACAGUAUUUCUGAUGAAGAAACACAUAUUAAACAUGAACAGUCGUCAUCAAUUGAGGAUGACAACCUAGGCACACAAAUUGAUCAUACAUUAAUCAAUGCACUUUCAGCAAGCAGAGAAAAAUUUCCAACAACUUUUCUAAAGAAAUGGCUCCGGGAACAUCGCAGUCAUCCGUAUCCAAGUAACCAUGAAAAACUUCAACUGGCUAAGCAGUCUUCGAUCACGUAUGAUCAAGUGACAACUUGGUUUAAUAACGCUCGAGCUAUUCUCCGACGUCGACAAGCAAAACUACGACAUCCGUUGAAUACUGCUGACGACAACGAUGAGGAUGACGUUGUCGAUGAACAUCUCACUUAUGAUAAUCGAAAACGUCACCGAUCAAUGCCUUUAUUCAACGGUGUUAGUUGCCGUUCGAUAGGUAUACAAUGCAAUCCAUCAACAGUCGAACAGACAACUAUAACAUCAACAAAAAUCUCAGUUAUGACCGAUGAUGAAUUAGCGUCCGAUCGAACAAUUCAAAUCUUGACGCCAUCCAAUCGAGUAUUAGCAACAAAUAAUGUAAAAGGAAACAGUAGUCAUCAUUUGCUAUUAAAUGGAAUUAAAACCGAAGAUGAAGAUGAACGAGAAAAAGAUAUUAUUAUUACAACAACCUGUCUCGAUGACGAUCAAAUGGUACGCGUCAAAGAUUUCUGUUCAAGAUUUCAAAUUGAAUUGUGUAAUGUUGUUGAUGAAACGACGACACACUUGAUAACCGAUGAAGAAGAAGGUGAAACGCUCGUUUGUCCUUUAUCGAAAAAAGUUAUUCAAUCAGUUGCUCGCCAUAUGUACAUUGUCACAUAUCGAUGGAUUGAUGCUUGUCUAGAAGGCAACAAGAUUGUCAACGAAAAACCGUUCGAAAUUCAAGGUGAUCUCACGCUUUCGUCCGAUCAUAAUGGCAUGCAACGAAGUCGACAGAGUAUUUUACCAGAUAAUUUACCGAAAAAUCUUUUAUUAGAAAAUUUUUCUAUUAUGUUAAAAUGUAAUGGAUGUCAAGAAAUGAUGAAUAAUGAAGAAUUAAUUGAAUUAGUUCAAUUAUCUGGUGCUAAACAUACAACUGAUUCUCAUUUUUCUCGUUUACAACCAGGUAUUACUCGUAUUGUUCUCUGUGAAAAAGAAUAUCUUAUGAAUCGACGUGAAAUGUAUGAAAAAUGUAUUCAAUCCGGUAUCCAUUUUCUCACUCCGGAAUGGUUUCUGGAAUCACUUGUUCAAUACCGUAUUCAACCAUUUCAAGAAUAUCAAAUAUCGCCAUAA